GACAUCUUUUGAAGCUGGAAAGAUGAACCCAAGGAGUGUCAAAAAUGCUGUUGUGGUAGAAUAUCAGAAAAGAAGAAAACCGACCAAACAUUAUGUUUAUGUUAUCAAUGUCACUUGGUCAGACAAUAGUGUGGUAGUUAUUUUUAGAAGAUACAGUAAUUUUUUUGAUUUGCAGACAAAAUUAUUUGAAGAUUUUCCAGAUGAAGGUGGUGUUAGGGAUCCUUCUUUGAGGUCUCUCCCAUUUCUACCAGGAAAAAUCAUCUUUGGUCGAAGCAACAUACGUGAUGUUGCAGAGAAAAGGAAGGAACCCAUUAAUGAAUAUUGCCAGAAUUUGAUCAAACUUCCUGCAAAGAUCUCUCAAUCAGAUGUGGUUUUGGACUUCUUUGAGCCUACAAAUGAGGACAUCACAUCAAUGGAACCAGAAACUGAACAGAAAGACAAAAAGAAACCAAAGGAGGAGAAAGGGAAAGUGAUUUCAGAGCCAAUGCAAUUGGAUCAGUAUAUAGUGAUUGCUGAUUAUCAGAAGCAGAACAAAAGUGAAGUCAGUGUCUUGGCAGGAGAUAUAGUUGAAGUCAUUGAAAAGAAUGAAAAUGGCUGGUGGUUUGUGAAUAUGGAUGAAGAACAAGGCUGGGUACCAGCUUCGUAUCUUGAGCCAGAGGAUGGUAGUGUUGAAAGUGCUAUUGCCACUAAAUAUAAACCUGGAGAGGAGCGCUACAUUGCUUCCUCAGCUUACACUGCAAAUGAACCAGAUGAAAUUGGUUUCCAGAAAGGUGUUGUUGUUGAUGUGCUUGAAAAGAAUGUUGAUGGAUGGUGGCUCAUUAGGUACAAUGGGAAAGAUGGUUGGGCACCGUCUAUCUACUUAAAGAAAUUUGAUCCCAACCAGCCUUUACCAACACCUCAUGGUUACGAGAACGUCACGUUAUCCAACGAACAUGCACUCUCGAAUAAACCACGACGAAAUCCGAAAGAAAACCAAGGAGGGAGUCAGUCAAGCAAACCACCGCCAAGAAAAAGUUCUGUACGUAAGUCUCACAAGGUAAAAAACAGAGUAAGAUCGCCUCCGUCACGUGAUCAGGGUUCUGCGUCAUCUCUAACGAGGCUAUAUUGUCCACAGUCAGACUAUCGUGCCCAGGGCGUCAACGGGGGACUGAGUGUCGAGCAAGGUGUGUCCGUGACCAUCAUUGAGAAGUCACCCAAUGGUUGGUGGUAUUGUAGAAUAGGUAAUGAGGAGGGUUGGGUACCAUCGUCUUAUAUUGAACGGCGGGAAAAGAUUAAUCAUCCGGAGGUAGCAAAACCCGGGGGUUCAAGACCCGUGAUAUCGAAACCUGCACCAAACCCAAGGGCACCAAAACCAAGGGGCGCGAGUCCUGGGGGUGGAAAGCCAGCCGUGGCAAAGCGGACCGAAGCGGGGGGAGAGUAUGUUGUCAUCAGCGAUUACCAUGAUGACGACAUCCUAAAUAUAUCAUUGAAAGAAGGCGCGCCUGUCAAGGUACUGGAGAAGAGCAAUUCAGGUUGGUGGUACGUGCAAUCGUGUGGCGCAGAGGGUUGGGCCCCAUCAACGUAUCUUGCAGAAAAAUCAAAAGAGAAACCGAAGCCUCCAGUUAAGGCUCAUCUAUCGAAUGACAAACCACAACCGCAAAAUAACCGUCCUUUAUCUAGCAUAAUUCCGCGUCCGCAAACUAACCGUCCACCGCCCGCAAGGCCUUCCCCGCCCGCACGACCUAAGAACAUUCCAGGUGGCGUAAAGAAGGGUGGUCCACCUAUUCCAAGUCGGGUCAAAAAACCCACCUUGACCAGGAAUCAGAACUCUGGUAGCAUUGAAAAUAUCAGUCGAUUGAAAUCACAUGCUGCGGUGAAACAAACACGCAGCACGGAGAAUUUAGCACGACCCAGCAGCACGCAAUAUUAUCACGUGAUUGCGAAUUAUUCCGAUGACUCGCAAGACACACUGGAUAUGAAAAGAGGUGACAGAGUCGAGGUGAUGAAGAAAGACGAAGGAGGCUGGUGGCUAGCGAGAUUAGGAACUCGAACUGGUUGGGUACCGUCAAACUAUCUGGAAUAAAUUUUGUAAAUAAUAACACAA